CAAGCUGCCCCCCAUUCUCCGUCUCUGUCACUCUGUCUCCUCCACUUCGUUCUUCUCGUCUCUGCUCCCCUCCUAUCCGCUGUCCCUUCCACCAUUAUCACCGGCUCUCUCUCUUGUCUUCUUCUCUACCAUACCAUGUCAAAACCACCGCCACCGGCAGCACCUCCGCUACCACCACCAAGGAAGCACUUGGCCCCAACUUUUGCCUUCACGCCACCAGACAAAAACAAGAACCCAUCUCUUUCUUCUUCCUCGUUUUCGUCAUUUCUGAUCCCGAGGUCCAUGGCCUCUGCUUACCGCCUGGGCUUCUCUCUCGCCUUCGUCGCUUUCACGAUCUUCCUUGUCUUAUCCAUCCUUUUUUCUCACUUCUUCCCCACCGCCUCCUCGCCCUCCCCUUAUUCUCCCCGGCUUCCCUUCACUGGAUCCCGCAAUCCCGCCCCCCCAUUUCCCCCGCAAAAUAGUGGCUUUUCCUUUCCGGGAAAAGUAAAUAGUUCGUCUGAUUCGUCUUCCUCCUUGCGAGACACCACGACUGCCGGGUUAGAAGGGUUUAAUGAAGAGAAGUUAGUUCCGAACGAUGGGUUUUUGUUGGAGAAAGAGAGUGAUGAACUGAAACAAAGGAAAGAGGAGUGGUGGUAUUUGAUGGGUGAGUGUGACAUAUAUGAUGGGUCUUGGGUUAGGGAUGAUUCUUACCCGCUAUAUGAAGCAGGUUCUUGUCCUCUUAUCGAUGAGCAAUUCAACUGCUUUCUGAAUGGAAGGCCAGAUAACAAGUACGAGAAUUUCAGGUGGCAACCAAAUGGCUGCAACAUUCCAAGGAUGAAUGGUGGUGAAUUGUUGGAAUUGUUGAGAGGAAAGCGGCUAGUCUUCGUGGGUGAUUCUCUAAAUAGGAAUAUGUGGGAGUCAAUGGUUUGUAUACUAAGAAAUUCAGUUCUGGAUAAGAGCAAGGUCUUUGAAGCCUCUGGUAGACUCAAAUUUCGAACAGAGCAUUCAUACUCUUUCAUAUUUGCAGAUUAUAAUUGCUCAGUGGAGUACUUCCGUUCUCCAUUUUUGGUUCAAGAAUCAGAAAUGGAUUACAAGAAUGGAUCAAAAAAGUCAACACUUCAUCUUGAUUUGAUGGAAAGAUCAUCUGACAGAUACAAAGGUGCAGAUGUGCUUGUAUUUAACACUGGACACUGGUGGACUCGUGGAAGAACCUCAAAAGGGAAGGGCUACUUUCAAGAAGGAAGCUAUAUAUAUCGUAAAUUGAAUGUUGCCAAAGCAUUUGAGAAAGCAAUGGUGACAUGGGCAAGGUGGAUUGAUGCCAAUGUCGAUCCAAUGAAGACGCUAGUGUUCUUUAGGGCUUACUCGCCUGCACAUUUUAGAGGUGGACAAUGGAAUUCCGGGGGACAAUGCAACAGUGAAUCAGAGCCAAUCAAGAAUGCAAAGUAUCUGUCUGAAUAUCCACAGAAAAUGAGAGUGGUGGAGAGGGUGAUGAACGGGAUGGAAACGCAUGUGGUCUAUCUGAACAUUUCAAGAAUGACAGACUAUCGCAAGGACGGGCACCCAUCAGUUUACAGGAAGCCGAACGUUACAGCGGAGGAGAGGCGAUCUCAACUGAGGUUCCAGGAUUGUAGCCAUUGGUGCCUUCCUGGUGUACCUGAUACAUGGAAUGAGCUGCUUUAUCUCCAGCUCUUGAUAAAAUAUAAUGAGCAAUGGAAGCUGCAGCCGCAGCAGCAUCACUGACAACAGAAGCCAAAAAGAAAAUCACGAGUGAACACACAGCUCGGCCACAGAUCCAUCGGGUAACUUGUAAUUUCUGCAGUGAUGCAUAUAUGUUUUGGUUUCUAGUUCUUCUAUAUGAAAUUUUAAAUUAUUCUGUAGAAAUAUUAGGAAUGCCGUCCAAAGAGAGCGAAACAGAGGGAGACUGUAAAAGCAAAAAAGCAGCAUUAUCAGGCUUGAGAUUUAGCAGAGUAGGUCUUAUUAGUAACACAGAUUUGUGGGGCGGAGCUUUAACUUUAAUGAGGGUUGGUUCUCCCUUCACAAAAGAGUAUAAUUUAUUUAUGAAGGUGUUUAUUAAAGAGUAUAAUUUAUUUAUGAAGUUAAUUAGAACUAUUAAAAACAGAAUACUUUAUUUGCGGAUUUAACCGUUAUUCAUCAAAUAGAGAAAUAAAGCCUAGUGAUGUGCAGGGAAAUUAAUAAGAGCAGUUUUCUUUUCCUCAUCGUUUUUAGCGUUUUGACCGUAAGUUUGCUUAUUGUUUAAGGUAAUGUUUGUUUGGACAAAGAGGGGAUCAUGAGGUAAUAGCUAUUUUAAUCUCGGAUUGUGCUGACUUAAUUCUUCUUUUCGUUAGAUCUAUGCCUCACUGAUAGUGUACCCAGUUUGCAUUAACUGAUGUUCUCCGGAUUGCUUCCAACCUAUAAUUUUAUCAACUCUGAUCUUAUCGUAAGUUCAUAAUCCCAAUACAUUAAAUCGAAUCCAUGUAUUGUAUUCAUGAUAAAUAAAUUUUGAUAUUUGGCUUCGGUAAUCUAGGAGUAUCAUAUUUUAUAUAAAUCAAAUUCUUUUUCCCAGUUUUUUACCAUUUACGCUGAAGUUUUGACUGUAGGAUCAACUCAUUUCUGCACCCAUAUAUGCCGGUCGGGCUAGGGCCCAUUUAUGCUGGUUUUAAGGUUGAUGAAGCUUAGGACUUCAAACUUCUUUCGGUUUUCUUAUUUAUUGUUGUAUCACACAUACAUUUGACAUUUCAUGAAACCUAAAUCAUUAACAGUUUCAGACACGAACUUGAUUACAUAGCCGACAACCUUAGCACCAUCUAAAUUAAUCGAUAGACAUUCAUCUUUCUUUAUUCCUCUGCCAACCGACCGAUUGAUUUCAUUUAACUUCACUGCAAUGUCUAUGAAUUCACCACCCUGCAGUUCUUCCUGAUCUCA